GUUGGCUGGUGAUGUGAGUUCCUCAUCCCCUUCUCCCUGAUUCUGUACUAUUUCGUGAAUGGGGAUAAUGUGUUACGGCAGAUCUCAUGUUGCUCAGCAGGUUUAGCCGCUUGAGAAAUCGGUAAAUAGAUGCAGGAAAAAACGAACAGGCUGCCUACUAUGCUUCUGCUGCCCGUCUCUGGGCACAGUGCAUGGGCUGUGCGAAGAGCAGUCACACAGAAGGCCCGCAUACAAAGGCAAAGGCUUACCCUCAGCCAGUGCCAACAUUGAUGGCUAGAUGUUGAUCUUCUGUACCUGGGCAGUCAAAAGAAUCCAGAACGGUACCUAGGUAUCUUUAGCCUUUAGGCUCCCCCAGGAUCGCGGCUCUGAACCUUAAUUAAUCUCUACUGUCCGGCGAUAGCCACCGGUUCCAUGGCAGGUGUUUUAACUUUAAAACAUAGCUUGAAGCCUCUUUGCCUAAUCAUACUUCGGACAACCGUUUAGGGCAUUUCUAGCAUAUUUCUAAGCUUUAUUUUUAUUUGAUCUUAUCCGGGUUUUACUUGACCUCCAUGGCGCGCAGAACAGAGCCGCCAACCUUUUCGUUUAUUGGUUUUUAUUCAAAGGUUCCUGUGUGACGGCAGCCUUGGAGGGGUUUGCAUAGAAUGCUUAUUCGUGUACCUGCCGUUCGAAACACAAAGAGAUAUUGCGGCCGCGGCCAACAGAGCAUAUCUCGGAUGUAUUUAGGCUGAGCUGCAGACCGGCGACAAUCAUUCCAUUGCCAACCAAAAGAUAUACCCUCACUGCGUUUAAUCUAUUAAGCUCAUGAUAAUAGAAGAAACUUCAUGUCAUCUCAACUCUGCUGAUGCCCAGCGAUAGUCUGUGAAGCUGAUCGAUUGCCGUGAUGGCGUUCCAAGAUCCUACCGCGCGGUGUACUGCAGGCUGCAUGUAACAGCUAAAACCAACGCGAAUCUGACUCCGAUCUACACAUCAGCGCUAAAUCCGAGAAUUAAAAAUGGCAGGCUACAUAGAGAAUGAGAAUGAAGGAUGGCAAGAUUCCCCCGCGAACUCAAUCUUGAGGGCUUCCGCAGAAUAUCCGCCUCAUGACGACAUUUGCGUUUUCAAGUGGUGACCCAGAAAUAACCAGAGUCAAACAAUAGAAGGGAUGACCGCGGAAAGUACUGGCAUACGCAUUAGGCUUGUCUGUUCCCUUUCCCGCCCUCGUCCCACUACAUUCCACUUGCAUCUUGCCUGCUCUUCCACCCUUCCUUGCUCUAGGCUCCAUUUUGGUCCAUCUUCUCUCCUCUCCUCCUCUUCUCUUGGAGGACGGACGUUGGAUUUGUUCUCCACUCCUCUCCCUCUCUCUUUCUAGCUCCAUAAACCAUCACUAGACAAGGUAUUCGUGACUAGUAACACUUAUUCUAUUCCCUAACCCACUAGUUGUCCAACCUUCUAAACUGAUUAUACAGGGAAACAGCGGAGAGAAAUAAGGGGCACCGCAACUCCUAGGCUUCUCGUCUUUAUUUCAGCUUUUAAUACUCAUACAAUUUUCUCACAAAGAACGUGAAAAUUGGAAGAGCAAUAAUGGCGGACACGUCGAAUGAGGAACCAAAGCCUACACCUCCCAAUGCGAACCCAGUCGAUGGUAGCGACGGGACAUCCGAGGGAUUCCAUGAUAACAUCUUUGCUCGCUUCGUGGACGGCUUCCGCCGCGAUCCUAAUGCCCACAUUACCAAAAAAGAGGCUCUGACCACUCAGGACAAGCAAUUUAACUUGGAAGCGGCCGUUUCCAACACUGCAUCGUCCCCUUUGCAACGUAAACUGAGAGGCCGACAUUUGCAGAUGAUAGCAAUCGGAGGAUCUAUUGGUACUGGAUUGUUCGUUGGGUCCGGAAAGGCUCUUGCAGAUGGCGGAGCUGCUUCCGUCUUGAUCGCGUUCAUCCUUGUUGGGGUUAUGUUAUAUUCAACUGUUCAUGCAUUAGGUGAAAUGGCCGUGCUUUUCCCGGUUGCCGGAUCUUUCUCUGCAUUUUCGACCCGCUUUAUCGAUCCGGCCUGGGGAUUUGCCAUGGGCUGGAACUACGGUUUACAAUGGAUUAUAGUUCUGCCCCUGGAGAUUGUGGCUGCUGCUAUAACCGUCAGCUACUGGAACGCGCCAGUUUCGCCUGCGGUCUGGGUCACCAUAUUUUACUUGCUGAUUGUAUCCAUAAACUUGUUUGGCGUUCGUGGGUAUGGUGAAGCUGAAUUUGUGUUCUCCCUUAUCAAAGUUAUUGCGAUCAUCGGAUUUAUUAUUCUGGGAGUCAUUCUAAACGUUGGUGGCGGACCAAACGGGGAAUAUAUCGGCGGCAGAUAUUGGCGCAACCCGGGGGCAUUUCAUAACGGAUUUAAGGGACUUUGUAGCGUCUUUGUUACUGCUGCCUUCGCCUUCGCCGGCACAGAAAUGGUGGGUCUGGCUGCUGCAGAAACUGCCAACCCCCGAAGAACAAUACCGACAGCCGUUAAGCAAGUCUUUUGGCGGAUAACCCUAUUUUAUGUCGUCUCUUUGGCCAUAGUCGGACUGCUUGUCCCAUACGAUGAUGUGCGAUUGGUAACUGGUGAAUCCAGCUACGACGCCAACGCUUCUCCUUUCGUGAUAGCAAUAAGAAACGCUGGGAUCCAAGGGCUCGAUUCAGUCAUGAAUGUCGUUAUCAUGAUUGCCGUGCUUUCAGUUGGGAACUCUUCAAUAUACGGCUCUUCACGUACUCUUGCAGCCCUAGCUGAGCAAGGCCAGGCUCCUCAUGUUCUGACCUAUAUCGAUCGUCGGGGCCGCCCACUCGUUGCAAUCGGCAUUUCUUCCGUUGUCGGACUGCUUGGUUACCUUGCUGUUGCAGAGAAAGAGCAAGGUGCGAUAUUCUCUUGGAUGCUUGCGAUUUCCGCACUGUCCUCCAUCUUUACCUGGGCGUCUGUCUGUUUCGCCCAUAUCCGGUUUCGUCGUGGUUGGAAGCUCCAGGGACGCAGUCUUGAUGAUCUACCCUACCGUUCUCAAGCAGGUGUAGUCGGAUCGUGGAUUGGCCUGAUACUCAAUUGCCUUGUCCUCACGGCACAAUUGUGGGUUGCAAUUGCCCCCGUUGGUUUCGCCGAGAUGACUGUGAAAGAGCGAGUCGCAAACGUGUUUGAACUCUACGUGGCGGUGCCGAUUAUUAUUUCAUUCUACUUUCCAUACAAGUUCUGGUAUCGUACUAAAAUUAUACACGCCAGAGACAUGGAUCUCGACACUGGGCGUCGUGACCUCGAUAUCUCACACUUGAUCGCAGAAGAACGUGCUGAACGUGCCCAGUGGCCAAUGUGGAAAAAGGUCUACAAGACUUUUUGCUGAAAGGUCCUGGGCUAAUAAAUCUCGUUUCUGUCCCUACUAUUCCAAGCGUAUAUACAUCUUCGUUAAGAGAAAACCAGCGAAAGAUCUCCAUAUGCCAAGGGGAAGCCAUAGUUAAAUGGGACCCGGGAAAUCAGUCUGAAUUUAAGGGCAUGAUACUUUUUUAUUUUAUUUUUAUUUUAUAUUUAUUUUUUAGGUUCAAUGGUUUUAACACCAAAAAAUGUUCUUCGUUUGUAUUUUCUACUAUGCUAGUUCCCUAGGGCUCGUGGGCGUAUAUGGAUAGAAGGGAAUGCCGGGUGGGUCUAAUAAUUAUAGGUUGACAUGUGUGAAUACUGAAAUAAUCAAUCGUUUGAAAGGCCCCUCCUCCCUUCCAUGGUUUUGCUUUUUGCCUUUUUGGGUUUAAUUACAUAUUCUAACAGUGAAUAUGAUGUCUGGAUUAGCACUUGGGGUCCCGAAUGGAUCG